CGUGAAGUGUGAGUUACCUCUAGAGGAUCGUCCUCUUUGCAAGCCGAGCGGGCGGACGGACGGACGGACGGAGGGAUGGAGAAGCGGGCGGACAUGAACGGGCGCGACGACGGCUCCGAGCCGCUCGUGGCGGCGGCCGAGAAGGAGCUGGCCGAGGACGCGGCGUGGAAGCGAAUCCAGAAGAACACCUUCACGCGCUGGUGCAACGAGCACCUGCGCGCCGUCGGGCGGCAGAUCGACGACCUGCAGCGCGACUUCUCGGACGGCCUGCGCCUUGUGGCGCUGCUCGAGGUGCUGAGCCAGAAGCGGAUGUGCCGCAAGCACCACGCGCGGCCCACCUUCCGCCAGAUGCAGCUGGAGAACGUGUCCGUGGCGCUGGAGUUCCUCGAGAGGGAGAACAUCAAGCUCGUGUCUAUCGACAGCAAGGCAAUCGUCGACGGAAACCUCAAACUGAUCCUCGGGCUGGUGUGGACGCUCAUCCUGCACUACUCCAUCUCCAUGCCCGUGUGGGAGGACGAGGAGGAGGACGAGGCUAAGAAGCAGACGCCCAAGCAGAGGCUGCUCGGCUGGAUACAGCACAAGCUGCCCGACCUGCCCAUCAGCAACUUCAGCCAGGACUGGAAGGACGGCCGGGCACUCGGGGCGCUGGUGGACAGCUGCGCACCGGGUCUGUGUCCUGACUGGGAGAUCUGGGACGUGCAUCAGCCCGUCGACAAUGCCCGGGAGGCCAUGCAGCAAGCAGAGGACUGGCUGGGAGUGGCUCAGGUAAUCGCGCCGGAGGAGAUCGUCGACCCCAAUGUGGACGAGCACUCGGUGAUGACCUACCUCUCGCAGUUCCCCAAGGCCAAGCUCAAGCCCGGCGCUCCGCUCCGCCCCAAACUCAACCCCAAGAACGCGCGCGCCUUCGGCCCCGGUGUGGAGGCCGUCGGCAACUCGGUUGAGCGCGCGGCCGAGUUCGUCGUGGAGACGGAGAAUGCCGGCCUCGGGGAGGUGCUGGUGUUCGUGGAGGACCCCGAGGGACAUAAAGAAGAGGCGCGGGUGACUCCCAUGCACGACAAGCAGCGCUCCUUUGCGGCGGUCUACCGCCCCCGCGUGGCGGGGCCACACAAGGUGACGGUGCUGUUCGCGGGGCAGCACAUCGACCGCAGCCCCUUCCCCGUGCUGGUGGCGCCGCCCCACGGGGACGCCGGCAAGGUGACGGCCCGUGGGCCCGGCCUGGAGCCGAGCGGCAACGUGGCCGGCAAGGCCACCUACUUCGACAUCUGCACCGCCGGCGCCGGAGUGGGCGACGUGGCGGUGGUCGUGCUGGACCCGCGGGGCCGUCGCGACGCCGUCGAGAUGACGCUGGAGCAGCGGCGCGACGCGGUGCUGCGCUGCACGUACCGGCCCCUGCUGCCCGGCGCCCACGUCGUGUCCGUGGGCUACGCGGGCGCGGCCGUGCCGCACAGCCCCUUCUCGGUGAACAUCGGCGAGGCGUGCAACCCGGGCGCCUGCAGAGCGUCGGGUCGGGGCCUGCAGUCGAGGGGCGUGCGCGUGGGCGACGCGGCCGGCUUCCGCGUGCUCACCAAGCAGGCCGGCUCCGGGGAGCUCAACGUGUUGCUCAGGAGUCCCUCUGGCGGGGAGGAGCCGAUGAGGCACCGGGAGGUCGGGGAAGGCGUCCACGAGUUCGAGUACAAACCCCUCGCCUUGGGGCCCCAUGUCAUCACCAUCACGUGGGGCGGGAAGCACAUCCCGCGCAGCCCCUUCGAGGUGCUCGUGUCGGCCGAGGCCGGGCCGCAGAAGGUGCGCGCGUGGGGGCCCGGCCUGGAGACCGGCAUGGCCGGCCGCUCCGCAGACUUCGUGGUGGAGGCCAUCGGCACCGACGUCGGCACCCUGGGCUUCUCGAUCGAGGGCCCGUCGCAGGCGCGCAUCGCGUGCGACGACCGCGGCGACGGCUCGUGCGACGUGCGCUACGUCCCCACGGAGCCCGGCGACUACGCGGUGCACGUGCUGUGCGACGAGGAGGACGUCGCGCUGAGCCCCUUCAUGGCGCACAUCCUGCCCGCCAGCAGGGACUGCUUCCCCGAGAGGGUGUUGGCGAGUGGCCCAGGGCUGGAUGCCAAUCUUAGCCUCGUGAGCACGCCCACACACUUCAGCGUCGAUGCCCGAGCAGGGGGCAAAGGGAACCUCAAAGUCUACCUGCAGGACGUGGAGGGACAGCCGGUGGCCGUGCAGGUGGCGGAGAGGCCCGGUGGGAUCUACGAGUGCUGCUACACCCCAGAGAAGCCCAUCAAGCACACGAUCAUCGUCACCUGGGCGGGGGUCAACAUCCCGGACAGCCCCUUCCGGGUGACCGUCGGGGAGGGGUGCCACCCGGAGCGAGUGAGGGUGUACGGCCCGGGCGUGGAGUCCGGCAAGGUCAAGGCUCACGAGCCCACCUACUUUACCGUUGACUGUGGCGAGGCCGGACAGGGGGACGUGAGCGUGGGCAUCAAGUGCGCGGCCGGCGCGAUGGGCCCCAUCGACAGCGACGUUCACUUCGACAUCAUCAAGAACGACAACGACACGCUCACCGUCAAGUACACGCCACCCUGCGCCGGCAGAUUCACCAUCAUGGUGUUCUUCAGCGAGCAGGAGGUUCAUGGCAGUCCCUUCGGCAUCGACGUCGUUCCGUCUCAUGAUGCAAGUAAAGUGCGAGUUGAAGGCCCUGGAAUCAACGCCACCGGCGUGGAGGCCGCCAAGCCGGCGCACUUCACGGUUUACACGCGCGGCGCGGGGAAAGCCGAGCUGGACGUGCAGUUCGAGGAUCCGCGCGUCGGCGCGGCCGUCCCCAUCCUCGAAUCGGAAAUCAUCGACAACCACGACUACUCGUACACCGUCAAGUACACGCCGGACAAGCAGGGCGGCGUGUGCGUGGGGGUGACCUACGGAGGGGACCACGUGCCCGGCAGCCCCUUCCCCGUCACCGUGGCUCCGCCGCUCGACCUCGGCAAGAUCCGGGUGGAGGGGCUCGGAACAAAGCUGGAGAUGGGCUGCGAGCAGGAGGUGCGCGUAGUGACGCGCGGCGCCGGCGGCCGUGGCCAGCUGGAGGCGAGGCUGCUGUCGCCCGCGCGCCACGCGGUGCCCUGCUCCUCCGAGCCGCUGGCCGAGACGGCGGCGGAGGAGGAGUCGCCCGGGCGCGCCGUGGAGCACUCGCUGCUCUUCACGCUGCUCGAGACGGGGCCCCACCGCAUGGACGUCACCUACGACGGGCAUCCCGUGCCGGGCAGCCCCUUCCUCAUGGAGGCCGUGCUGCCUGCCAAUCCCAGCAAGGUGCGGGUGUGGGGCGAGGGUCUGCGUGGGGGCGAGGUGGGCACCCCGGCCGAGUUCUGCGUGGACACGACGGCGGCGGGCGUGGGCGGCCUCGGCCUCACGGUGGAGGGGCCCUGCGAGGCGCGUCUCGAGUGCCACGACCACGGCGACGGCACGUGCUCCGUGUCCUACCUCCCCGUGCAAGCCGGAGAGUACGCCGUCAACAUCCUGUUCGCCGACGCGCACGUGCCCGGAUCGCCCUUCACCGCCGUGGUGAAGCCCAGCGUGGAGACGAGCGGCGUGCAGGUGUUUGGCCCUGGGGUGGAAAAAGCGCUGCGGGACGCGGUGUCGGAGUUCGCCGUGGACGCGCGUACCGUCUCGCGCUCCGGCGGGGACCACGUGCGCUGCGCCGUGACGGCGCCGUCGGGCGUCGCCACGGAGGGCAGCGUCACGGACAACCACGAUGGCACCUACGCCGUGGAGUACGUGCCCAGGGAGACAGGCCUUCACGCGGUCGAGGUGACCUACGCCGGCGCCCGCGUGCCACGCAGCCCGUUCCGCGUCGCCGUGGCGGACGGCUGCGACCCCUCGCGCGUGCUGCGUGCCGGGCCCGGCCUGGAGGGAGGCCUCACUCACCGGGCCAACGUGUUCUCCAUCGACACGCGCGCGGCUGGCUGCGGGGGCUUGGGACUGCACGUGGAGGGCCCUGGCGAGGCGCACGUGGCGUUUGAGGAGGACCCGGAGGGCGGGUUUACCGUGGAGUACCACGCCUCGUCGCCUGGCGAAUACCUCUUCCACAUCACCUACGGGGGCACGGCCAUCACAGGGAGCCCGUUUGGCGUGCCGGUGCGGGACGAGGUGAACCCAGCCAAGGUGCGGUGCUCGGGCCCGGGGCUGGGCCUGAGUGCCGGUGGUGGCGUCGUCGGCGCUGUCCGGGCCGGUGCGCCGCAGAUGUUCAGCGUCGACUGCAGCCGCGCCGGGGACGCCGCCCUCGACGUCACCGCACAGGGACCGCACGGCACGCGGGAGCCAGUGGAGGUCGUGCAGGCUGUGGACGGUGUUCACGCCAUGACGUACACCCCUUCGCUCGUGGGCCCUUACAGCCUCCACGUCCAGUACGCGGGGCAGGACGUCCCACACAGCCCGUUUGGCGUGGACGUGCUGGCCGCGUACGACGCUGGCCGCGUGCGGGUGAGCGGCUCCGGCGUGAGCGCGGCCGGCGUGCCCGCCAGCCUGCCCACGGACUUCACCAUCGACACCCGAGAAGCGGGGGACGCCCCCCUGUCCAUCACCAUCGUGGACCCUGACGGUUGCCCGCGCCGCGCCCGCGUGCUGGACGGAGGGGACGGCCUGUUCUCGGUGUCGUACCUGCCGGACGUUGCCGGUCGCUACUCGGUGGCUGUCGGCUACGGCACGGAUGAGGUUCCCGGCAGCCCCUUCCCCGUGCACGCCUUCGCCACAGGGGAUGCCUCCAAGUGCUUCCUGGCCGACGGGGGCCCGGGCCCAGCCAUUCAAAUCGGCGAGCCCACGCUGGUGCUGGUGAACGCCAAGGAAGCCGGGCGCGGCAAGGUGACGUGCCGCGUGCUCACGCCCGAGCAGCUCGAGCUGGACGUGGACGUGGUGGAGAACGCCGCCGACGGAACCUUCAGCAUCGUGUUCACGGCCACCCAGCCCGGGCCGUACGUCAUCGCCGUGCGCUUCGGGGGCCAGCUCAUCCCCAACUGCCCCUUCCACGUGCUGGCGAUGAGUGAGGACAUCUCGACGGAGUCGCUGAGACCAUUCCACCUGGUUGUCCCCUUCUCUCUGCGCAAGGGACACAUUACGGGCGAGGUGCACAUGCCGUCCGGCAAGAAGGCCAGCCCCAGGAUCAUCGACAACAGAGACGGAACCAUGAGCGUCAGCUUUGCCCCGAUCGAGAAGGGGCUGCACGAGAUGGACAUCAAAUACAAUGGGCACCACAUCCCAGGCAGCCCCUUGCAGUUCUACGUGGAUGAGAUGGACGGGCCGAGUGUGACCGCGUAUGGGCCCGGCCUGAGCCACGGAAUAGUCGGCAAGCACGCGGCCUUCACCAUCGACACCAAGGAUGCAGGCGAAGGCGGGCUGUCGCUGGCAGUGGAGGGCCCCUCCAAGGCUGAGAUCUCGUGCCAGGACAACAAGGAUGGCACCUGCUCCGUGUCCUACCUGCCCACCGCCCCCGGGGACUACAGCAUCGCCGUCAAGUUCGCUGGGCAGCACAUCCCCGGAAGCCCGUACAUGGCUCGCAUAACCGGGGAGGACAGCCUGCGCGCGUCGCUGCUGAGCCGCGGCUCCACGCACGACGUGUCGCUGCGCAUCCCCGACGGCACGGACCCCGCGCUGCUCACGGCCAACAUCGCCGCGCCGUCGGGGCGCCAGGACGCGUGCCUCCUCAAGAGGCUCGACGACGGGCAGAUCGGGAUCUCGUUCAGCCCCAAGGAGGUGGGCGAGCACCUGGUGAGCGUCCGCGAGGGCGGCCGCCACGUCCCCAGCAGUCCGUUCCGCGUGGCGGUCGGCGCCUCCGAGGUGGGGGACGCGCGGCGUGUGCGCGCCAGCGGCCUCGGCCUGGAGGAGGCUCGCACGUGCGAGGCGGCCGAGUUCAUCGUGGACACGCGAUACGCCGGAUUCGGCAGCAUGUGUGUGUCCAUGGAGGGGCCGAGCCGUGUGGAGCUGCACUGCGAGGACCUGGAGGACGGGCGCUGCCGUGUGUGCUACUGCCCCCCCGAGCCCGGCACUUACCACCUCGCUAUCAAGUUUGCCGAGGAGCAGAUACCCGGCAGCCCAUUCACGGUGCUGGUGAGUGGACCCGGGCGACAGAAGGAGGAGGUCUCCCUGUUGCAGGCGGCUGUCCCCGUUGCUGCCGUGGGCAGCACGUGCAGCCUGCCCCUGGCCAUACCAGACGCGGAGCGAGCUGGUCUGGGAGCAGAGGUGCGCGGCCCGUCGGGGCACAUCCACCCCGCCGAGCUGGUGGACGCGGGCCCCAGCGUGUGCUGCGCCCGCUUCGAGGCGCGCGAGCUGGGCGCCCACGCCGUGAGCGUGCGCCACGGCGGUGGCGGCGGGGGACACGUGCCGGGCAGCCCCUUCCCCUUCACCGUGGGGCCGCUGGGCGAGGGCGGGGCCCACCGCGUGCGUGCCGCGGGGCCCGGCCUGGAGCACGCGCUCGCCGGGGAGCCCGCGGAGUUCGGGCUGUGGGCGCGGGAGGCCGGGGCUGGAGCCAUCAUGGUGGCCGUGGAGGGCCCGGGCAAGGCGACCAUCUCCAGCUGCCCCACGGGCGACGGUGCCUACAUCCUCUCCUACCUCGUGCAGGAGCCUGGAGACUACGAGGUGUCGGUGCGGUUCGAGGACGAGCACAUCCCCGGCAGCCCCUUCCUCCUCACCGUGGACGGUGUCUGCGAGGAGUCGCGCCGUGUCACCGUCUCGGGCCUCCUGGAGUCAGGGUGGAAGGUCAACCACCCAGCAUCCUUUGCGGUUCACCUGAACGGGGCAAAAGGUCGCAUAGAAGCCAAGGUUCACACGCCUUCAGGCUCGGUGGAAAACUGCUUCGUGUCCGAGAUCGACAAAGACAAACUUGCGGUGCGGUUCGUGCCGCGCGAGAACGGCGUGCACGCCGUGAGCGUCACGUGCGACGGUGCCUCGGUGCCCGGCAGCCCCUUCAGGGUGCGCGUCGGGGAGCCGGGCCACGCCGCCGAUGCAGCGCUCGUUUCCGCGUUCGGGCCGGGCCUCGAGAGGGGCACGACCGGCUCCCCGGCAGAGUUUGUGGUGGACACAAGCGGCGCUGGGCCCGGCUCACUCGCCGUGGCCAUCGACGGGCCCUCCAAGGUGCGGGUGGACUGCAGCGAGGGGCCCGAAGGCUACCACUUCUGCUACCUGCCCACAGCGCCCGGCCUCUACCUCGUCUCCAUCUGCUACGGCGGCCCCCACCACAUCGCCGGCAGCCCCUACCGCGCCCGCGUCACAGGACCCCGACUGUCCGGGGGUCACAACCUGCACGAGACGUCCUCAUUCUUGGUGGAGGCUGGCGAGCCACGGCGGGCCGUGAACGGCCUGGGCAGCGAGCCUCUGCCUCUUAAAAUGGCGUCCGACUCGAGCAAAGUGGAGUCUCACGGCCCAGGCCUCAGCACCGCGCUCGUCGGCAAACAGAACGCCUUCACUGUGGACUGCGGCAGGGCGGGAAGCAACGUGCUGCUGGUGGGCGUGCUGGGCCCCAGCGUGCCCUGCGAGGAGGUGCACGUGAAGCACGCGGGCGGCCGCCGAUUCGCCGUCACCUACGCCGUCAAGGAGCGCGGGAGCUACCUGCUCAUCGUCAAGUGGGGCGACGAGCACGUGCCCGGGAGCCCCUUCCGCGUCACCGUGCCCUGAGCGGUUUCGUCCCCCUACGCCGCCGCCAUCGUCAGCAACGGCGGCGGCGGCGGCAUGGAGAGCGAUGGGAAUUUGCGUGCGGCGAUAGAGGUUACAGGUCAGAGGUCGGAGGAGAGGUGGCGGUCGUAGUGAUCAUGCCGCCCGAGUCGAGACACCCCGAGCGAAUCGUCUUGUCUUUGUGCGAUAGAGACGGCGAUCGUUUUCUCCACUGCGGGGUGCUAUUGAGCUGAUCCACCGGCUAACGCAACAUUAUUUCCAUGGAUAAAACAAUAAUAUGAAAAUGUCUAUUAUUAAUGCUUUCUUCAGAAUUUUCCACCAUAGGCAGUUGCUCAUUUGCCUGGCCACGAAUUCUGGCCCUGAUCAAAGGUCAAGGAAGGGUUGAAGGUAGAAGGGCCUUACAAGUAAACCGCUCUGAAUUAAUAAUUAAUAUUGUUAAGUGGCUAACACCGCCUUUGUUGCGGAGCUAUUUACCUUGCGGAAGAAGACACAUUGCUGUUCUUUACAUUGUAGCCAACUGAUAAAUGGGUUUGAACUGCCAACAGACGUUGAGUCUGAAGUGGUGAAUUUAUAUAUAAUAAAACAAGAUUUUUCUUUCGCGAGUCCACGCCAAUGCUCAGCGUUGUUUGCCUGUGCACUAGGUAGCCAGGUAUACUUUUAUUAUGCAAAGAACAAUGCUUCUGCUGUUUGCAAAGUGGACCCAGCUGGGCUGCUACUAACAGUUCACGCCACCAGGAUGGACAGCGUAGCACGUGGCACGCAUUUCGUUCAUUACUACGUCGCGGCAGUGUUUGUGAAAAUGACAACCGUAUUGCACUUCAGGCCAAUGCAUCUCUUCCAGAUUUAGCAUCUGAAUCUCACGAGGUAACAGGCUGCAGUGAAGUAUUUUUAGCCUCCACAUCACUGUGGGGUUUUUCAUCAUUGCGUGCCGCCUAUUUUCCAAUAUAAGCAAUGUUACGUUACUUUGUAUUGUCAUGAACAUGCUGUUUUUGUUAGGUAUUCUUGUUCAAUGGAGACGAUGCUACAUUAGUUGGGUCUUAAGCUUUUGCAUUUUUUUCGUUUAAUUUACGCCGUUCGUCAGAUAUGCUUAGGCAGCUUAAGAAUGGACUGUGAUUGAAGCAAAAUGUUAACUCUUAAUGCCAACAAAGGAGUUGACAACUGGGUUAUAAUGCAAUUCUGAAGCUUUUCGCGAGUGUAAAAGUAAUAUUAUAUAGACGUUAGAUUAAAAUAUAAAUCAUUCUCUUUUCCAUAAUUUUAUCGGAUGUUCAACCUCGCUGUGUUAGUGCCUACCUUGCCUAGCCUCGACUAUGUAUUAUAUUUUAGCAUUUACCUAUUUUGUAAAGUAGAAUCGAGUUAUGUUAGCCCGACGUGUGUGUGCCUUGGAGUAUCGUCAUGACUUACAAACAAAAUGAAUACAACUGGAAUUCCUUGCUUUAGCCAUUCCUUGAUUUUUUUUUUACAUUAACGGCAGUCGCAGAAUACUGCAGUUUAGCCAAAUGUAUUCAGUUCACGUAAAGAGCAGUCCUGUAGUUUUUUCGAAGUGACCAAUAAACUGAGAACAAUAA